GUUUGCUGGGGAUCCCUCCUCAUUCCAUUGGGAUGGCGGCGGCGGCGGCGGCGGCGGCGGCGGACGUUGGGGAGUUCGUCUCUCGGCAGCUGGAGCUGCUCAAGGAGGAGAGGGAGGCGGAGAUCUCCGAAGCCAGAGCAUGGCAGGAAAGCAUCUCCUUCAAAGAGCUUGAGCGCAAAGGAGUCUGCUUGCUGAAACUUGAAAUAGUCAGUCAAAGAACUGGGUUGUAUGGUCGUCUCCUUGUAACUUUACAACCUAGAAAAUAUGGCUCACAGUCAGAGCUACCCAGUAAUGGCUUUGGACCUGGACCUGUACGUACAGGGCAAAAAGCCCAUAUUCCCGCUGCCUCUGACUGCGUGUCUUACUGUACCGAUGAUGCAGGCUAUUGUCCUCUCUGGAUGCCAAUUCAGCAACUCUGGACCAGUUCUGGCCCAAAGGUGACAUUGUGGGACUCUAUGAAACUGUUGGACAAGAAAAUCAGCUCUCCACAGGAAUUGUUACCCGCAUAAACCCCAAAUCAGUCACCAUUGCAAUUGAUGAGCCUC